UUCCAUUUAGCUGAGUGUACACAAACGCAACAUCGUUAACGUGGGCAGGAACAGCUGAGCUUUUGGAUGAACGUUAAAGUCCAGCUUUUCAGGCCGGAAACGGAUCCACUGCUGCCUCUAAAGCUUGGGACCAGCACAGGGAGUACACUGGAUGUGGCUGGGGUCAAUUUAGAGUUACCAACCCGGACGUUGACCUGAUGGGGACUCAAUCCGGGCAACCUUUUGUCCACAAGGUGUUUUAAUGGCAGGUGCCAGUGCUGUGACCCAGACUUCUGGUGUUUCUGUCACUGAGGGAGAGACCGUGAACAUCACCUGCUGCUACACUCACAAGGAUUCUGAUCAAAUUAGAUUCUUCUGGCUGAAAAAUCAGACAGAAAUGGAGAACAAUACUAGUGUGGUGAAGAAUCAAUAUCCAUUCUGUGCAACUCUGACCCUUUCAAAUAUCACAGGAGAGGAUUCAGGGACAUACAUUUGCAAGGUGACUUUGGAGAUACCAUCUUUUAAGACUCUUUUUGGAAAUGGUACAGUCAUCACAGUGACGUCUACAGGCAGCUCAGGUGGACAUACUAAUAAGAGUCCAGACCAUUCCAUCAUGAUGAUAACUGCUGCGGCUGUGGGGUUUCUCCUGCUCCUCCUCAGCGCGCUCUACUGUUUCUGUUAUCUGCGACUCAGAAAAGCACAAGCUGCCAGGGUGAUCUACGAGGUUCCCCACUUUGACUCUGAGGAGGCAGAGAUGGACAAACACAACACCGGCUCCUCCACAGAAUCCACUCAGUGGUGUGAGGUUCCCGUGUAUGAAUCCUUUGAUUACUUUGAACAUACACAGAACAAAGAGAGCGGGUGAGGAAUGGCGGCAGCAACAUUUUCCCACUCACUUUUCCUCAUGUAAAUUAUGUACAUAUUUAUUUUCUUUAUCACAAACGGCUUUACAUAUGAAUGUAAAUAUGUUUAUACUGUUCUAUAAAGCAAAUCUUUAGUUCAACAAUGA